UGUUUUUUCGCCGAUUGAUCGCCAAAAACACCGCUAUCCUCGACAGAUGACACCGAAGGGAUCUGGCGUUGGUCUGCUGCUUUUGCUGCUCUUCUUCUGCGUGAUUUAUCACAUCCCGUUGGCACAAGCAGUUGACGCCUGUGGUGCUGGCGGCGUGUGCACUUGCUCGGUAACCACUGUCAACUGCAUUGACAAGGCUCUCACGGCCAUUCCAAGCGGAAUCCCAAACACCACAACGCAGCUGUACCUGAACAACAACCAGAUCACCAGCAUCCCCACCUCUGCAUUCCCAGGCCUGACUGUGCUGCAAAUCUUGCAGGUGUACGGCAACCAGAUCACCUAUAUUCCCGCAGAUGCAUUCACUGGCCUGACUGCGGUGAUAUCAUUGCAACUGAACAACAACCGUCUCACCGACAUUUCGGCAAACGCAUUCACCGGUCUGUCUGCGCUGAGCCAGUUGUUUCUGAACAACAACCGGCUCAGCAGCGUUCCUGCAGGUGCAUUCGCAGGCUUGCCUGCGCUGAAACAAUUGCAACUGAACAGCAACCGGAUCACCAGCAUUUCUGCAACCCUAUUCACGGGCCUGACUGCGCUGACUUGGCUGCGUUUGGAGUUUAACCAGAUCACCAGCAUUCCUGCCUCUGUAUUCACAGACCUGACUGGGCUGAGUGUUUUAGUUCUGCGAAGCAACAAUAUCACCAGCAUUCCCCCCUACGCAUUCACAGGCCUGACUGCGCUGUCCCAAAUCGAUGUGUCCAUAAACCUGAUCACCAGCAUUCCCGCCUUCGCAUUCGCAGGCCUGACUGCGGCGACCUACCUGGAUCUAUACAUAAACCAGAUCACCAGCAUUUCCGACUCCGCAUUCACGGGCUUGACUGCGCUGACUUUCUUGAAUAUGGAUAACAACCGGUUGACCAGCAUUCUCUCCACUACAUUCGCAGGCCUGACUGCGCUCCAGUACCUGUAUUUGUGGAGCAAUCAGGUCACUUCGAUUGCCCCAAAUACAUUCGCAGGUCUGACUGCGCUGAAUAGCCUGCAACUGUACGACAACCAGAUUACCAGCAUUCCUGCAAACGCAUUCGAUGACCUGAGUGUGCUGAAUACCUUGUCUCUGAACGACAACCUGAUUACCAGCGUUCCCGCCUCUGCAUUCGCAAACCUAACUUCGCUGCAAUACUUGUCUCUGUUCAACAACCGUAUCACCAGCAUCGCAGCCAACGCAUUCGACGACCUGACCGCGCUGGGUUCCUUGCAUCUUCACACCAACCGGAUCACCAACAUUCCCUCCACUGCAUUCGCAAGCCUGAGCGCGCUGACACAACUGCAUCUCUACAACAACUCAAUCACCAGCAUUUCUGCAGGUACAUUCUCAAGUCUGAGUGCGGUGACUUACAUGUAUAUGUACGACAACCAGAUCAGCAGCAUUCCCGCAAACACAUUCACAGGCAUGACUUCGCUGAAGCUGCUCUAUCUGUCCGGCAACCAGAUCACCAGUGUGUCUGCAAACGCGUUCUCAGGCCUGACUGCGCUAACACAAUUAAGUCUUUAUCUGAACCGGAUUACUAGUAUUUCCGCCGCGGCAUUCCCUGGCCUGACUGCGCUCCUCACAUUAUCUCUGUCCGACAACCAGAUCAGCAGCAUUCCCUCAUCUGCAUUUACCGACCUAACUUUGCUAAAGUUCUUGUAUUUGUACAACAACCAGAUUACUAGCAUUGCUGCAAACGCAUUCGUAGGCCUGCCUGCCCUGAGUACCUUACUGCUGCACAACAACACAAUCACCAGCACGUUCGCAACCGCGUUCACAGGUCUCACAACACUGACGACACUGACUCUCAAUGACAAUCCCUUCACCACGUUGCCGCCUGGUCUGUUUAUGGGCUUGCCAAAUAGCAUGUUCUUGUCGUUAAGUUCCAACCAAUUUUCCCAACUCCUGCGCCCUAACAACUUUGCCUCUGGUGGGAACACUGCCGCUCCACCCAGCACAUACGGCAAUGCAUCCCAUCCUUACCCGUGUGAUACAGCCUGUGCCACCUGCUAUGCCUCAGGGAGCGGCUCCUGUUGCGCGACCAAUUGCCUGGCCUGCACUUCGUCCGCCUUGUGCAAUCAAUGCUACGAAGCCUAUGGUUUGCUGGGUGGGUCCUGCGCUCCAUUCGCCUCCGUUGCCUCCGCCGCAUCAGUCGCAUCCACCCAAUCUGCCUCGGUUGCUUCUGUGGCGACAGCUGCGACCAAAGCGUCGAUCGCAUCCAUCGCUUCAGAUGCGUCCACGCAAUCAGCCUCAGCUGCCUCCGUCGCCUCAAUCGCAUCGUCGCAGGCUGCCACGUUUGCCUCGGCUGCUUCUGUUGCUUCAACCGCCUCUGCCUCGAUUGCGUCUCUUGUUUCCGCCACUUCUUCUUUGUCGGCUUCUUUUGCGUCGCUCGCGACUGCAUCUUCGGCGUCCAUUGCCUCACAGGCGUCCGCAUCGGUCGCUUCUGAUGUAUCCGGUACCUCGGCGCUCUCGGCGUCUGCCGCGUCAACCGCAUCGGCAUCUGCGGCGUCUGCUGCAUCCUCCGUUGCAAGCUUCAGCAGCGGUUCCCAAGACUCAUCUCCAGCUGCUGCCAUCGCUGCUGCAGUAGUGGCUGUUGCCGUUGUUGCGAUAAUUGCAGUGGUAUUCAUCGUGUGGCGACGCCGGCGCUCGCAACGUCGCUCAGCCAUGAGACCAAAGGACUCUGCGGGCGCGGUUGAGAUGACAAUCUCUCCUCUGAACCAUUCGACUCGAUCUCACCAAAAGGAGGACUCCUCGGCUUACGCCGCUUUUGGCCAUCAGCAGGCAGAACCGACGGACUCUGCCGGUCCCAUCUAUCACGAGGCGUCAGAACUGACAGGCUCCUCCAUGCCCCAUUCGACGCGAGCUCAUAGAGAGGAGGGCAGCUCAUCAGCUUACGCUACAACCGGUCAAAGGCAGCCAGAACCUUUGUACCAAGCCAUCUCGACGGCCUCUCCUGAGGUGAUUUACGACUACGCAAGCGCCUAUGUUGCCGGCAGCAAUUCUCGUCGUGUUCGUGAUGGCUUGACGAUCGUGAAGCACCUUGCCAGUGGUAAUUUCGGCGAUGUCGCACUGGGUCAGGUGCCGCUCAGCGUGUUGCCCCAACGAGCACAAAAUUUGCUUGGACCUGCAGCAUCCGAAACAGUGCAAGUUGCAGUCAAGUCGCUCAAGUCUGAUGCAGACGAGAAAUCCCGCAAGGACUUUGAGAGCGAGGCGAAACUGAUGGCUCCGUUCGUGCACCCUAAUGUCGUGCGCCUUCUUGCCGCUCUUGUAGAGUCAGAGCCCCAUCUCGUUCUGUUGGAGUUUGUGCAGUACGGCGACUUGCGCACCCUGCUGCAAAAGUCCAAGGUCCACUCGCUUUGGUGGACUCAGAACGAGCAGAUCCAUGCUAUUCGCCAGAUUGCACUCGGGAUGGAGUAUCUGGGUACGCUCCACUUUGUGCACCGUGAUCUCGCCGCGCGUAACUGCCUUGUGGGGCAAGGAAUGGUGGUCAAGAUUGCCGACUUUGGACUUUCUCGCGAGCUGACCGACGAGAACGAUUACUAUCGCAUGGAAACGCGCGGCAAACUUCCCGUGAAGUGGAUGGCUCCUGAGACCAUGACCUUCCGCAAGUUCUCGACCAUGUCCGAUGUGUGGGCUUUCGGCGUGACAGCCUGGGAAUGCUUCACUUACGGAACAACGCCGUACGGCAAGAUGGAAGGGCGCGACACGCUGGCUCACGUCGAGGCCGGUGGUCGUCUGCCCAUGCCAGAAAACUGUAUGCCCGAGCUCUACAACAUCAUGAUGAGUUGCUGGAACAGUCUCCCGGAAAUGCGACCCAGCUUCACGCAGCUCGUCAAAGCGCUGAAAAACUUUGAUGAUGGCACGACCAGCCGCGAAAUCGGUGCAAUGUUGUGAACGCCAUCCGCCUGCUGCUUGCCGAAAGAUUCGCAAGCACUUUACCG